AUGGCUAUCUUUUUAAUUGUACUUCACUUCGCGUUAUGGGUGACAGCUAUGACGUCAUUCACGUCAUCGACGUCUUCUACGAGCUUCUACGACCAGAUAAUUGAUUACACAUUUAGCGAGUAUGAUAUGAUGAACACUACAGACUUAUCAACUGAUACAUCGAUAGUCACAGGCAAGUCAACAUCAACAUCAGAAGACAAUACUAAUGCUGGAAAUUCACAGGAAAUGACGUCAACCACUGUGACCCCACUACCUUGGGACACGACUCAAUCUACAACGUCGACCACCUGGCCGCCUAGGUACACGAAUAUACCUACAACUGAGCAAACUACCCGGUUCAAUGACUACUAUUAUGGUGGCGAGGAUUUCUACUGUGGUAGUCAUUGGUACGUUUUCGAUUAUUUUGAGAACGUGCCUGUUAACGACUCCGACCCCGUUGGAUAUAUUGGCAAUGAAGCACAUUACGACAUAUCUGUUAAAUUCGAAAUCGUAGAAGAUGAUGCAUCCGAUGUAUUCUUUGUCGACGAGAUCGGUACGAUUUGGACACUAGUUGAGUUAGAUCGAGAAAUAGUUAAUCAUUACACAUUCACAGUAAACAUGUCUGGGGAAUAUUUAUACAAAUACGUACCAGUACACGUGAAUGUACUCGAUGUUAACGAUAACGUACCGGUGUGGUUACAAACUACAUAUGCCACUGAAGUCAUUGACGGAACAGUCGAGGGGUCUACCAUGUUAGUGGUGUCUGCUGUGGAUGCCGACACCGAUUUGAACGGGCGUGUAAAAUAUAACGUCACACCACCAUUUCAUAAUCACUUUGAAAUGAUGGACAAUGCGUUGAUGAGCACAAUGCAGAUUGUACUAGACGAGAUGCAGCAGUACAGAGAGACGGAGGCAGCUAUAAAUGAUACAAUAACCGUGACAAUAGAGGCAUUGAACCACGACGGACAACGCGCUACAGAAGAUGCCUACGUAGAAAUCAAGAUUACGAGAGCGGUCGAAGCGGGUUUCGGUAAUGUGAGUUAUCAAAACGCUGCUGUAAAAGAAAAUGAGCCUAGUGGCACUUAUAUCACAACGUUAAAGUCGAUUACAACAGUUCCAGAAGGGUAUGAUAUCUUAUACGAGUUUGCUGCUAAAGUAGAUGACAUUGACAUUGACCAAUACACGGGGAAUGUUACCACGGCAACAAUACUUGAUAGAGAAGACAGGGAUGUAUAUCAUUAUGCCGUAGUUGGGUAUCUGACUGAUAGUACAAAAUGCUUGGCAAACCCGGUUGCUGAAGAGCUGCUCAUUAGAGUACUUGACGACAAUGAUCAUUAUCCCGUGUUUACGCAUAACACAUCGACUGGAUACGUACGUGAGAACUCGUCAUCUGCUCAAAUUGUAUCCAUGGUUCCUCAAAUCAGCACAACGGACCUUGACAUUGGCUACAACGCCGAUAUUCGUUACUCGUUAUCCGGUGAAGGAAGUGACCAAUUUGAAAUCGACCCAGAAACUGGUGUUAUCACAACAACCGACGAGCUUCCACAAGGCUUAGAUCGUGAGGUUACUGACGAAUAUCAUUUAUUUGUCACUGCCGCUGACAGAAACGGAGAUGCUCAAAAUCUGAACACAACUGUGCCCAUUUUUAUUAUUGUAACUGACAUCAACGACAACGAACCAGUCUUCUAUGAUGAACAACCCCUGCCCAUCGAUAUAUAUGAAAACGUUGAAUUAAAUACAAAUUUGAGUAAGGUCCAGGCCGAUGAUAACGAUGCCGGAUUAAAUGGUCGGGUAUUAUAUUCGAUUAUUGGUGGGAGUCAUGGUGACUUCAGUAUCAAUAAACGCUCCGGUGUCUUGUACGUAUCUGGAAUCUUGGAUCGUGAAUCUAUAUCAUCAUACGUCAUAAACAUUUCAGCUUAUGACACUGGAAAUCCAAUAUUAGAAUCGUACACAGUAGUCACUAUAGAUAUACUAGAUAUUAAUGAUAAUGGCCCAGUCUUUAGUUCUGAUUACUACAUGGCGUGGAUAAAUGAGUCCUCCGAGAUCUACACUCAUGUUUUGAAUGUGAGUGCGGAAGACAUUGACCAGGGACAUAAUGCGGAAAUCACGUAUUCCAUUAAUAGCACGGAUUUUGUUAUAGACUCAAAUACGGAAUACGAAUCGUACGAUAUCAAUUAUGGGUUCGUUGAGCACACCGUCACCGACUUUCAUAUCGAUGCUAGUUCGGUAGUUGCAGAACUUUACAUAGGCGUUUCGGAUGAAAAUGACAACUCUCCGAUUUUUGCCGCAAGUCAAUACGACGGAUGGAUAAACGAAAACAGUGACCCGGGCGUGAAAGUAGUGCUGGACACACCAAUAUCAUCAGUAGAUUAUGACUAUGGAUUAAAUGCUUCAACGGUCUACACUCUAUCUGGUGAUGGUCAUGAACAGUUUAAAAUAGAUAACAAAACAGGUGUCAUCACAACAACUGAUGAUGAAUCAGUUUUAGACUUAGAUCGUGAAGAACGAGAUCGUUAUAAUUUGGAAGUGAUAGUGUCUGAUCGAGAUGGUGUAGAUGAUCUAAGUCUUAAGACGAGUGUUCCGUUAACUGUUGUAUUAUGUGACGUGAAUGAUAAUUAUCCGCAGUUUACACAGGAUGAGUAUGACUAUGAAAUACCGGAAAACACAACCAUAGGACACGUUAUCGUCGUUAUUAGUACCACAGAUGAAGACAUAAGCGUUAACGCUGUGGCGUACACCAUAGUUUUCGGCGAUGACGGGAAAUUCAAUAUUGGUCGCAAUAGCGGGGAACUGACCGUGGAGAGUGAGCUCGACCGCGAAUUGAAACCACGCUAUGUACUGAACGUCUCAGCAAGUGACGUUGGCAGUCCUGAACUUAUAAACUACACAAGGGUCGACAUACACCUUACUGACAUUAAUGACAAUACACCCACGUUUUCCCCAGUGGAGCCCUGCGAAGAACAAGCAGAAGAAGUUGCCAUCGGUACCACAGUACUUAGCGUCACGGCUACAGAUGACGACGAAGGAGAAAACGGUGCAGUGCAGUACAGUAUAUCGGACACAGAAUCCUUCACGAUUGAUAAGGAUACAGGGGAUAUAACGACAAUCAGUAGACUGGAUUACGAAGAUGUACAAGAAUACACUUUCAAUGUGACUGCCACAGAUUGCGGCGAACCACCACUCAGUUCCACGAUGUCCGUUUCUAUCUGUAUAACAGACAUCAACGACAAUGUACCACAGUUUUUAAAUACCCCAUAUAAUAGUAAUAUUCAAUCCAACAGCAAGAAAAACAAAUUCGUAAUAUCUGUAACUGCCUCUGAUGCAGAUGAUGGUGAUAAUGGUCUUGUGUCGUACAAUAUAACUAACGAUAAGAACUCCCUAUUCACCAUUGAUGAACUUAACGGAAACGUGUUCCUUGCAAAAGAUCUGGAUGUUAACGAAGUAUGCGAGUCUUCGCUAGAAAAUUGUGAUGUAAUAUUCUCCGCUGUUGCUAGUGACAACGGACACGAACUAAACACGAACUUUGCGCCUGUCCUGGUGGAAAUAUAUUUCGAUGAAAAUGGAACGUUGAAGUUUGAGGAGUCUCAAUACGAGGGCGGUGUUAAUGAGGAAGAGGUACCUCCGGUGUACGUCACCACAGUUGCCGUCAUAGGAAACCAUGUAGUGGAAUACGAGUUUUUUAAUCCGGUUGCAGAUUUUCGCAUCAACAGUUCCACUGGUGACAUUGUAACAAGUACCAAGCUUGACAGAGAAACGACAGAUUGGUAUUCAUUCACAGUAACUGCAAAAGAUACGAUUACUAGUAAGCACAAUGCUUACGUGCCAGUUAUGGUGAACGUCAUGGACAUCAAUGACAAUGCCCCGAUGUUCGAACUUUCCAAAUAUGACGAAAAUUACAUUGAUGAAGGAGAUUAUACCGACAACCACGCCUGGAUACUGAAUGUGAGUGCAAGCGACGGUGACACCGGAACCAACGCUGAGAUACUGUACAGUAUAGUAUCCGGAGAUCGUGGUAAGCAUGAACUACUAGUGUCUUAUUGUAGAGUUGUGGAUCGGAGUGACAGCUCAGAAGCCGUAGCGCUGCUGUUGAUUGAGCAUAUGCCAUUAGAUUUAGCGCUGCUGUCGAGUGAACGUCACUUCAAAAUAAACAAAACCACUGGUAAUAUAUAUAGUGUUGGAGUAAUAGACAGAGAAACUAUCAACACGUAUUACUUAACUGUGAUGGCAGAGGACAUGGGCAGUGAGGCAUUGAGUGGCACCACAUGUGUGUACAUAACGGUCAGUGACGUCAAUGACAAUGCUCCACAGUUCAACCAGUCUACGUACAGCGGCUCGGUUGAAGAAAACAAUCGAGACGACACUGCCAUUGUAACUGUCUACGCCACCGACAAGGACGAAGGGGAGAAUAAAAUAGUCCACUACUCUCUGGUUUCCGGGGCAUAUGACAAUUUUGAAGUGGACAGGGAUUCUGGUGAUAUAAUGCCAACAGCGAAUGCUAAUAUAGAUUACGAGGAAGUGAAAAACUAUACUUUGGUAGUGCAGGCUGAAGACUCUGGAACACCUCCCUUGAAUAGUACCACUGCAGUAUUUAUUGCGGUAAUAGACGUCAAUGACAACACUCCGUAUUUCAUGGGAGAACCUUACGAGACCGAAGUAGUGAAUACUGUUAAAGUGGGCACGACAAUAUAUAAAGUCAACGCCAGCGACUUUGAUUCGGGAGAAAACGCCAGAAUAACAUAUUAUUCACAGGUUAUUAUCACAGUAAGAGAGACUAAUGCACAUGCUCCUGUAUUUGAGCCAUCCAAUUACACGGUUGCAGUCAAGGAAAAUGUUGCCAGCGGAACAUCGGUUGUUACAGUAACUGCAAAGGACCAGGAUUGCAAUAACACAAUCUGCUUAAAUCCAUCUGGAACAGUGUACUUUAAAAUUGCCGACGGCAAUCACAACGAAUUUUUCGUAAUCGACGAAAGCACUGGAAUAAUACAGACAAAUGGUACGAUUGACAGGGAGAUUGAAACUCUAGUUAAUCUAGUAAUUAUUGCAUAUGACGGUGGAUUACCACAAAAAUCAGACAAUGCUACUGUGGAUAUCUUAUUAUUGGAUGUCAACGAUAACUCGCCAACUAUAGAAGAAGAUAUGAAUACUACUAUUCUUCACGAUUCACCGAUAGGCACGUUUGUUGUGAAUGUCAAUGCCACAGACCCUGACAUAAUUGGAGAAAUGGUUUAUUCCUUGGAUCCAACAUUAGAUAAAUUUAAAUAUUAUUUCAGUAUAAAUAGUUCAACUGGAAUAAUUAUCACAAAAGCUACUUUUACGUAUGAUCGUUCCAAAGAGUAUCAGUUAGUAGUCGAGGUCAAUGAUGGCAUGUUUCAUGGAUAUGGCAACGUUCUUGUAAAUGUCGAGUACAAUGACCCGAACACUCAUGCUCCAGUUUUUUCUCAGGAUUGUUAUAGCACUCAAGUUCCGCAUACGUUGCCCAGUGGUUCAAACCUGACUGAACUGAAUAUCACGGCCACUGAUGAUGACAGUGGAUUUGAUGGCAUGGUGACAUAUGACCUUGCGCGUGCCGGAAAUGAAAGAGACUUAAAAUAUGAAAUAGACAAACCGACAUUACCUCCUCGUAAUAAGAGCUCGAUCGAGUGCAGCAACUUCAAGUUUUCAAUGAGUGACAUGACAAUACCAGUUCGCGAACUACCUGGAAACAUCUACACCGAUAGGUAUGCUGGGAUGCAUUUUGAUCAAACAGGGAAAGCAGACUAUAUGUCCCCCGGGGUAGAAAUUCCUGCGUAUUUGGAUUUGAUAGCUGACGAGGAAUCACGCGAAACAUCAGAUGGUACUAGAGACAAUGAUGGUUACCUAUUGCCGACCAAUCAUGAUCCUAGUUAUUUGGAUUUUUCAACAGAUGACGUAAUCCAACAGCCAGUAUUAGAUCCAAUUCUUGAAGUCGAUGAUUACCUCGUACCAGUGGCCGAUAACUGCGAUGACAACUUAUAUCUAGAACUAGUGGACGACAGUAAACCAAGUCUUGAUGACGACGACUACAUGUCACCAAGAGAUGAGGAAGACACUCCGUCAUAUUUGGAACUGUUCGGCGAUAACACUGCUAGGGAUGAAUUGGAUGACAGCAACAGAUCUGAUUGCAGUUAUCAAAUGCUCCCCGAGUCCACUGACAAUGAAGCCAUUUCCUACAUGUAG